AUAGAAUUUCGGAACAUAUAUUCAAGCUUGAGAAACUCUUCUACAUCUCAUGAUUAUCAAAACUCCCAAAAUUUCUCACCUCCUCCUUUACAAUAAAGAGAGAAAUAGAUAAAAAAUAAAACAAAAAUAAAAAAAUAUUGAAAUAUGAAAAAGAAAAAAAAAUGCAACUUUUUUUCAUAUUUGUAAUUGCCAAGUGUUGGAAGGGCAACAUUUUUCGGCCGCAAGCAGCCUACUUUGUUGGAAGUCAAAAGAAAAGAGCAAAGCCCAAAAAUUCUUAAAUUGAUAUAUACAAUUCAAGUAUUCAACAAACAACUCAUCAUUUGAUCUACACACACAGUGCGUGCGAUUUGCAUUUCAUUCACCGUCCGUACGAUCUUCCCUCGCUUUCGAAGAAUUUUCGCCGGUGAGCAAUGGUGUUCCAGAGGAGCGUUUCUUUGCUGUCCAAACUACGGUCGCGCUCUAUGUUGACUUGUGUUAUGCAACAGGCUCAGCAACCAGGCCUCUUCAAUUCCGUCCGCUGGCUCCAGUCCUCGUCUGGUGUAGACCUUCAUUCUCAGCUGAAGGAAUUGAUACCAGAGCAGCAGGAGCGCCUAAAGAAGCUUAAGUCAGAACAUGGAAAGGUUCAGCUUGGGAACAUAACUCUUGACAUGGUACUUGGUGGGAUGAGAGGUAUGACGGGAUUACUGUGGGAGACCUCAUUGCUUGAUCCAGAAGAGGGAAUUCGCUUUCGGGGUCUUUCGAUUCCUGAAUGUCAGAAAUUGUUACCUGCUGCAAAGCCCGGUGGAGAACCAUUGCCUGAGGGUCUUCUCUGGCUUCUUUUAACAGGAAAGGUGCCAACGAAAGAGCAAGUAGAUGCUUUAUCGAAGGAACUACAAAGUCGUGCUACUGUCCCAGAUCAUGUAUAUAAAACCAUUGAUGCGCUUCCUGUUACUGCUCAUCCAAUGACACAGUUUGCAACCGGCGUAAUGGCUCUUCAGGUUCAAAGUGAAUUUCAGAAGGCUUAUGAGAAAGGAAUCCACAAGUCCAAGUAUUGGGAACCAACAUAUGAGGAUUCCCUUAGUUUGAUUGCUCAACUUCCAAUUGUUGCUGCUUAUGUCUACCGCAGUGAUCAUGAAGGUGGAAAUGUUAGUGCACAUACUGGUCAUCUGGUUGCCAGUGCACUGUCAGAUCCCUAUCUCUCGUUUGCUGCAGCAUUAAAUGGUUUAGCCGGUCCACUUCAUGGAUUGGCCAAUCAGGAAGUCUUGCUAUGGAUUAAAUCUGUGGUGGAAGAUUGUGGGGAGAACGUCGACAAAGAACAUCUGAAAGAGUAUGUCUGGAAGACAUUGAACAGUGGCAAGGUUGUUCCUGGGUUUGGACACGGUGUGCUGCGCAAAACAGAUCCAAGAUACACAUGCCAGAGAGAAUUCGCGUUGAAGCACUUGCCUGAUGAUCCAUUGUUUAAACUGGUUUCGAAUCUUUACGAAGUUGUGCCCCCUAUACUGUUGGAGCUAGGCAAGGUCAAAAACCCCUGGCCCAAUGUAGAUGCCCACAGUGGAGUGUUGCUCAAUCAUUAUGGUUUAACCGAAGCAAGCUUAUAUGGGAUCGAGCUCUCGGGCUACCUCUGGAGAGGCCAAAGAGUGUUACCAUGGAAUGGCUUGAAAAUCACUGCAAAAAAACAGCUUCGUCUUGAAGUUCCACAAAGAUAUAGGUCGCCUUGAAAGGAUUUCGAAAUAAUAAAUAGCCUGAGAAAAACAAUUAUUAUUAUUUUUUUCUGCGGAGUAAUUUGAGGUUGUGGCAUCAGGGUGUUUCCGGUAAACAGCUUUAUUUCUUUGACUGUGAUUCAUAUUUACCCAAAAUAUUUGGGUGCAAAUUAAAUUUUUAGUGUGCAAUUGUUCAUACAAUGAUUGUCUUCAAUGAACUUUUAUCUUGCACCGUUGAAGGGUAGUUGCAGAAUGAACAAUAAUUGGCGCUUCAUACCCUGCCUACAUGCAUCGAGCAAUAGCAUGUGAAAGUUGAGCCUGAAAAAUUAGAAGAAAAAGUCAUACAAAUCCACUAUUUUGUUUUUGUAUUUUUUUAUCUUGCAUAUAAUGCCCAUUUAUAGGGAAAUAAUUUUUCAUAAUAAUUUUCAUGAAAUUAAAUAAAAAUAAAAAACUUGCAAAAGGAAAUAAUUAAAUGAAGC